AUGUCAGAUUCUGUUGUAAGGAAUCAUACACGUGUAACAACAACUUCAAGCUCAAGUAAAGGGAAAAAGAAGUUAUCUAAAUGGGUUAAAAGGAUUAUUCAACCAGCAAGGGAGACUUCAUCAUCAUCACAACUUCUGGCACAACAACAAAAGCAGCAACAACAACAACAACAACAACAACAACAACAACAGCAGCAGCAGCAGCAACGAACAUCUACACAUACAGGAUCAUCAACGAAAAAACUCAAACAGACAAAGGUUCAAUGGGAUCAGGAACCACAGAAACCAAAGAUGAUUAGAUCAAAUGGAAAUGGUUUACCGCAGGAUAAUGACACCAUCUCUACAAUCACAGGUAUGUCACUAACAUCAGAGGAUUCGGAGGAUUCGGAUCAUGCAAGUAUGGCUCCUUUAUUUUCCUUUUGUUCAUCGUCUGUUAAAUCAUCAACAUUUUCGGAUAUGCAUUCUAUGCAAUCUACACGACCCACAGUGAUGUCUACUCGUACAGUAGAGACAAAUUCAAGUACGAUGGCUAUCCCACCAGCAAGUAUCCUAGAUAGAGCUAGAGCAUCAUCUGGUUUAGCUCAUACAUCUGCUACACCUUCAAUAAUAUCAUCAAGACCAUCAAGCUCGAAACAUUUUUCGUUACAAAGACAUAAUAGCUCACAUACGGUGAAUUCUAUUGUUACAAUAAAAUCAUAA